AUGAAUGAGAGGUCAUCUCGAUCACACACGAUUUUCCGGAUUAUUCUGGAGUCGAAAGAUGCCAAUCAGAAAGAUGGACCUGUACAUAUAAGCUACCUUAACUCAAUGGACUUAGCUGGUUCUGAGAGAGUUUCUCUGACGAAAGCUGCUGGUGAGCAUCUUAAAGAGGGGGCUAACAUAAACAAAUCUUUGUCAGUAUUAGGAAAUGUGAUAAGGCAACUAAGCGAGGGGAAGGAGUUUAUCAGUUAUCGCGAUUCGAAAUUGACUAGACUGCUCUCACAGGCUCUUGGCAGUAAUGCCAAAUCAUUGAUUAUCGGGAAUGAAUGUACAAAUUCAGAUGUAUAUGGAUCUGUAGUAAAACCUUUAGUCGAUUCCUUCAUGGAAGGUUUCAAUGCAACAAUAUUUGCAUACGGCCAAACAUCUUCUGGCAAAACACACACCAUUUUGGGCAAUAAAACAGAUCCUGGGCUUUUCCAAUUAGUAUCCAAUCAGUUAUUCCAGCAUGUGGCAGACCAGGUUGAUAAGAGGUACUUGAUUAGAUUCAGUUAUAUUGAAAUCUACAAUGAAAAGAUCAAUGACCUCCUGGAUAAGAGCAAUCAGGGUUUAACUAUAAGAGAAGAUAUCAAAGGAAAUGUGCUGCUUGAUGCAAGGGAAGCUGUCGUAGACAAUGUUGAUCAAGUUAUGGAGAACAUGAUGCAGGGCAAUAAGAUCAGACGAGUUGCAGCUACUCGCAUGAAUGAGAGGUCAUCUCGAUCACACACGAUUUUCCGGAUUAUUCUGGAGUCGAAAGAUGCCAAUCAGAAAGAUGGACCUGUACAUAUAAGCUACCUUAACUUAAUGGACUUAGCUGGUUCUGAGAGAGUUUCUCUGACGAAAGCUGCUGGUGAGCAUCUUAAAGAGGGGGCUAACAUAAACAAAUCUUUGUCAGUAUUAGGAAAUGUGAUAAGGCAACUAAGCGAGGGGAAGGAGUUUAUCAGUUAUCGCGAUUCGAAAUUGACUAGACUGCUCUCACAGGCUCUUGGCGAUGUAUAUGGAUCUGUAGUAAAACCUUUAGUCGAUUCCUUCAUGGAAGGUUUCAAUGCAACAAUAUUUGCAUAUGGCCAAACAUCUUCUGGCAAAACACACACCAUUUUGGGCAAUAAAACAGAUCCUGGGCUUUUCCAAUUAGUAUCCAAUCAGUUAUUCCAGCAUGUGGCAGACCAGGUUGAUAAGAGGUACUUGAUUAGAUUCAGUUAUAUUGAAAUCUACAAUGAAAAGAUCAAUGACCUCCUGGAUAAGAGCAAUCAGGGUUUAACUAUAAGAGAAGAUAUCAAAGGAAAUGUGCUGCUUGAUGCAAGGGAAGCUGUCGUAGACAAUGUUGAUCAAGUUAUGGAGAACAUGAUGUAG